UCUCUCAUCUCUCUUUUCUGUAUAUUAUUCUCUUGUUUUUGAUUCUCCACUCCAUAAAUUAUCAAAGUUGAAACCCUUGAAAACUUUCUAAAAGAGAAAAAGAGUGAUCAAAUUAAUUUUAACAUGGUUUUCUCAUCUGUUCCAACCUAUCUUGAUCACCACAAUUGGCAUCUCCAGUUGCAACAAUCUAACCACCAACAACUAGGGCUUGGUGGUGGCGGUGGCGAAAACCCUACUCUCUCACCACCUCCUCCUCCGCCUCAACCAGUUGGUGGCGGAGGUGGAGGUGGUGGUUCACGUGGGGAAGGGUCUAUCAGACCAGGAUCUAUGGUAGAUCAAGCAAGGUUGGCCAAGCUUCCUAUGCCAGAGCCAGGAUUAAACUGUCCACGUUGUGAUUCAACCAACACUAAGUUUUGCUACUUCAACAACUAUAGCCUCACACAACCGCGGCACUUUUGCAAGACGUGUAGGCGCUAUUGGACUCGAGGCGGUGCUCUAAGAAAUGUCCCGGUUGGGGGAGGUUGUAGGAAAAACAAAAGGAAUAGUAAAAGCAGAAGCUCAAAAUCUCCUAGCCGAACCGGGCCUAAAUCUGUAAGUGAUAGUCCAUCAAGAUGUAGCACCGAAACUAUGGCAAGUACUCAACUCCCUAAUCCCCCCUCUCUUCAAUUACCAUUCAUGAGCUCUUUGGGUCAUUAUGGAGGUGUUGGUAGCAAUAUUAGCUCAAAUCUUGGUGGAUUUCAGCCUCAAAAUGAAAUGGGCAAUUUUCAAUUAGGAAGUGGGAGCUCAACUGGGAAUAACUUCAACAACAUGUUAUCAAUUGGAGGGAUUGAAAACUGGAGAUUGCCUUUCUUAGCUGGAUUUGAGGUACCCAAUAAUACCAAUUUAUUUCACUAUCAAAAUGAAGGUGCAGCUGAUCAAGCACCAUCAUCUUCAAUAGUAGGAGGAGAUAUGCGAAUUCCAAACACUGGAAUUGAUAAUACCCAAAUAGAUCCUCCUGUGAAGAUGGAGGAUAACCGCGGCUUGAGUGUAUCAAGACAGUUUCUUGGUGUUUCCGAAACUACUAAUCAACAACCAUGGGUGGGAAACGCAUGGACUGGAAUUUCUGGUGUCAGUAGUACUUCUUCUACUACUCCUACUACACAUUUCCUAUAGUUUGGUUGUUUUUAUCUUUGCAAAGAGGGGGGGGGGGGGGGUCUUCUUUGAUCUAACGAUGCAUUCUGAGUAUAAUUCAGCUCAAAGUUGCAUGUAGCAGUUUUUAUAAGGGAGGUACUGAACUGAAACUUGGAUCAUACAAACCCUAGGUUGCAUAUAUGGUUGUCUCCAGGUCAAGUAAUUAGGGUUCCACAUCCCACUGUGCUGAAGAAGGAGAACUAAUGUUAGGUUUACUUUGUUUGUUGAGUUAACUUUGUGAUAUGAUAUGAUGUUUGUUUAUUUUAUUAAUGAGUUUGAGGGUUUACUUGUGUACUUCUAUGUAGAAUGUUCCUAUAAUUUCGAUGUAAGUGUGUGCUACUUUGCUAAUAUUCAUGUAUUAUUUGCUAA